AGACUUUUAAACUUGCGGAGAAAUUUACGAGAAAAUUGACCUUUUCUCAUGGUGACCGUCAUGUCACCCUCUCUUAUCCCUUUAGAUACGUACUCUCCAACAAGUUUAAACAUUUCACAUAUCAAAGAGAAGCGUCUUGAGUGAGAAUUGAGAAAGCCACUCAAAAAGAGCUUUUUAUAGCGUCAGACAAAAGCUAAGGAUUCACCUUCAUUACUUUUGUCGGCUACAAAUAUAUAUAUUUGUCUCGUCAAGAAUCAAUCUUGAUUUAUCCCCAUUUUUUUUCACAGUGGAAUUACAUGAAAACAUUCUUGAAGGAAGGGAAGGAGAUUUAUUUUUAUAAGUGAAAGAUGAAGUUUUGUAAGCAAUACCAGGAGUACAUGCAAGGCCAAAAGAAAAAGCUACCUGGGCUUGGCAUCAAGAACCUCAAGAAGAUCUUAAAGAAGUGCCGGAGUGAUUUACAGUGUCACAAUGGCAUUGAUGGGGUCCUUGGCAACCAAACAUGUCCUGACCAUUGCACAGUAUGCGAUGGAACCUUCUUUCCUUCUCUUGUCAAGGAAAUGUCUGAAGUAGUAGGUUCCUUUAACAAGCAUGCACAGAAAUUGCUUGAGCAACAUCUUGCUUCUGGCUUUAAUAAGUGCUUUAUGUGGUUCAGAGGCAAGCAACGAAAGAACCAACAUGUUACCUUAAUCCAAGAAGGAAAGGAACUGGUUACUUAUGCACUGAUAAAUGCCAUUGCAAUUCGGAAAAUACUAAAGAAAUAUGAUAAGGUUCAUUACUCUAAGCAAGGUCAGGCCUUCAAGACACAAGCCCAAAGCAUGCACAUUGAAAUCCUUCAGAGUCCCUGGCUCUCUGAGCUCAUGGCUUUCCACAUCAACUUAAGAGAAAGCAAGAUCAAAUCUAGAAACGCACCUGGAUUUUUUGAGGCAUGCAACCUCACGUUUAAUGAUGAUGGCAAACCAUCACUUACUUGUGAGCUAUUUGAUUCAGUCAAAGUUGACAUCGAUUUGACUUGUUCUAUAUGCCUGGACACAGUCUUCGAUCCAUAUUCCCUCACUUGUGGCCAUAUAUUCUGCUACAUGUGUGCUUGCUCAUCUGCAUCAGUGUCAAUUGUUGAUAAGCUAAAGUCAGCAGAGCCUAAAGGAAAAUGCCCUCUGUGCCGAGAGGCUGGAGUUUAUGAAGGUGCUGUACCCUUGGAGGAGCUUAGAAUUCUAUUAAGGCGGAGGUGCAGUGAGUACUGGGAGGAGCGGCGUCAGGCAGAGAGAUUAGAGAGGAUGCGGCUGAUAAAACAGCACUGGGAUAACCAAACAAAGGCAAUGAUGGGUAUCUAAUUGGGUAAUCCUGUUACUUGGCAGUGUUUUCUAUGGGAAAAUUUGGCAUUUUUAUAGGUAUCAAAUUGGGCAAUCCUAUUACUUGGCAGUGUUUUCUAUGUAAAAAAGGGAAAAUUUGGCAUUUUUAUGGGUAUCUAAUUGGGCAAUCCUGUUCAUUGGCAGUGUUUGCUAUGUAAAAAUUCAGAUGUCAUAGACAUAUCCGUAAAUAAAGAAAAUUGUAGCCAGACUUGUAGCUGGGUAUGAUACUUGUAUAUUGCUUGCUUUGGAAUAAAUCAGAUGUACAGCUUUCAUGUUUA